CUUUGCAACUAUUAAUCAGCGGUUACGCAAACGCAGAAUCGGCGCAUGCACCGACACAAACAGCGUUCGGCUCCCGGUGAAAGCCAAACUUGAGCCUCGCUCGGCCGCUGACACGCAGCUCCGUCACUUGCGCUCUAACCACUCGUUCUUCCAUCUUCCUUUUGUUUUUGUCCGUCGCGCGUGUGCGCGCGCGUGCGCGUGUGUCGGUUAUUUCCUCCCCUUCUCCUUUGCCGCCGCGCUGUGCUGGGGGACUGUGAAUGGCAGCCAAUGGGAGGGUUGAGUCCCCUCAGCCUCUCAGCCUCCCUGACAUCCACAGCGAGAAAGUGAUGCAGCGCGACUGAGACGCGCAGUUGAGGUGGAACAACGGGCAACAAAAGCUGCAGCGAACGGAUACACUUGGCUCCGACGGGCUCCUUUCGCAUCACUGGGACCAUCUUCGUCUUCAGAAUAAACUUCAUUAUCAGGUGCCGGCCGCUGCCCGCGUGACUGAGGAACCUCUUCUGCUUCUGCACAUGACAGCAUGAGGACCGAUUCCAUUCUCUGACCGCUGGACCCAGAGCGACCGGGGGACGACCAGGCCGUGGCGCCGCCGCCAUGGAUAGAAGGAGAGCGUGCGUGCUGAUGGUGCUGUGGGCCGCGGCCCACCUCAGCUGCCCGGGCUCCGGGCUCAGGGCCCUGCGGAGGACUACGGGGGGGCGCAGGGGGGCUGCGGGGCUGACGGGGGAGGACGCCAACGGGGUGCCGCUCAGGCGCUCCAAACGGGGCUGGAUGUGGAACCAGUUCUUCCUGCUGGAGGAGUACACGGGCUCGGACAUGCAGUACGUCGGAAAGCUGCACUCAGAUUCAGACAAGGGAGAUGGAAGCGUGAGGUACGUCCUCACGGGGGAAGGAGCGGGGACCCUCUUCAAGAUAGACGAGAAGUCCGGGGACAUCCACGCCACCAAGCGGCUGGACCGGGAGGAGAAGUCCUACUACAUCCUCCACGCCAAGGCCGUCAACCGCUUCACCAGCGAGGCGCUGGAGGGGGAGUCUGAAUUCAUCAUUAAGAUCCACGACAUCAACGACAACGAGCCGCGGUUCACCAAGGACCCGUACAUGGCCAGGGUCCCUGAGAUGUCUGACAUCGGAACCUCGGUGAUUCAGGUGACGGCCACGGACGCAGACGACGCCACGUACGGGAACAGCGCCAGGGUGGUGUACAGCAUCCUGGAGGGGCAGCCGUACUUCUCUGUGGACCCAGAGACCGGCCUCAUUAAGACGGCGCUGCCCGGCAUGGACCGGGAAGUCAAGGAGAACUACCAGGUGGUGAUCCAGGCCAAAGACAUGGCCGGACAGAUGGGCGGCCUGUCCGGAACCACCACGGUCAGCAUCACCCUGUCCGACGUCAACGACAACCCGCCGCGCUUCACCAAGACUCUGUACGAGUUCAGAGUCCCCGAGACCCAGGAGCUGGGGUCCGAGGUGGGCGCCAUCCGGGCCUUGGACGCCGACAUAGGGGAGAACGCAGAGAUGGACUACAGGAUCAUCGGCAGCGACGGGCCGGGCAUGUUCGACAUCGUGACCAACAGGAGCACGCAGGAGGGCGUGAUCGUGCUGAGGAAGCCUCUGGACUUUGAGAAGAAGCGUCAGUACAGCCUCCGCGUGCAGGUGGAGAACGUCCACAUCAACCCCCGCUUCUUCUCCGUGGGGCCCUUCAGGGACGAGGCCACCAUCAAGAUCGUGGUGGAGGACGUGGACGAGCCGCCGGUGUUCGAGCGGCCCAGCUACGUGAUGGAGGCCAAGGAGGACGCGGCGCGGAACACCGUCAUCGGCUCGGUCAGCGCCACGGACCCGGACGACAGGAGCAGCCUGGUCAGAUACUCUAUUGAUCGAAACACGGACAUGGACCGAGUGUUCAACGUCCAUGCAGGCAACGGGUCAGUGUUCAUCCUCCGGGAGCUGGACAGAGAAGAACACGCCUGGCACAACAUUUCCGUCAUCGCCACCGAGUUCAACAACCCGCGCCAGAUCAGCCGCGUGCCCGUCUACAUCAAAGUGCUGGACGUCAACGACAACGCGCCCACGUUCGCCACCAACUACGAGACGUUUGUGUGCGAGAACGCCAAGGCCAAUCAGAGGAUACAAACCAUUAGCGCCGCAGACCCUGACGAGCCUCCAGGAGGACACCGCUUCUUCUUCAGCCUCGCACAGGAGGCUGCUGGGAAGGCGAACUUCUCUGUUCGCGACAAUAAAGGUAACACUGGUUCUGUGGCUAAACCACAGAGACCUGAAGCAGCACCAGUUACUAAACGUGACCCACACGUGAUGUUUCCAGACAACACGGCCUGGAUCUUGACCCGGAGGAACAGCUACAACAGCCUGCAGCAGAGCGUGCACCACGUGCCGGUGGUGAUCUCCGACGGGGACUUCCCCAUGCAGAGCAGCACCAACACGCUGACCAUCCGGGUGUGCACCUGCGACCGCGAGGGCAACAUGAAGCUGUGCAACGCCGAGGCGCUGACGGCGAGGGCGGGCCUGAGCACCGGCGCGCUGGUGGCCAUCCUGCUGUGUGUCAUCAUCCUGCUCAUGAUCGUGGUGCUGUUCGCUGCCCUGAGGAGGCAGCGGAAGAAGGAGCCUCUGAUCAUCUCCAAGGAGGACGUGAGGGACAACGUGGUCAGCUACAACGACGAGGGCGGCGGCGAGGAGGACACGCAGGCCUUCGACAUCGGCACGCUGCGCAACCCGGAGGCCAUCGAGGAGAGCAAGCAGCGGCGGGACAUCGUCCCAGAGACCUUCUACCCCCCGGUGCGACGGCCGGCGCCGCCCCCGACGCGCGACCACAACGGGGACGUGAGGGACUUCAUCAACCAGCGGCUGCAGGACAACGACAGCGACCCCACGGCGCCGCCCUACGACUCGCUGGCCACCUACGCCUACGAGGGCAGCGGCUCCGUGGCCGAGUCCCUCAGCUCGCUGGAGUCGGUGACCACGGAGGGGGACCAGGACUACCACUACCUGAGCGAGUGGGGCCCCCGCUUUAAGAAACUGGCGGACAUGUACGGCGGCGACGACAGCGACAGGGAUUCCUAACGAGCAGCUGGCGCACGGACGACGACGAGAGAAAUGUGAAACAAACACGUGUUUGAACUUUCGGAGGGGGAAGCGCUGGUGGAGGGAACCGGCCCAACGGACCCAGAAAGGAGCACCGUUUGUCCAAGUGCCCUUCGCCACCCACCGCCAUUCACGUUGCACCUCCACGUGAGCAGAUGUAGGCUUUGUGCGUCCGUCAGUCAGUGUUAGUUGCGUUGUUGCGAGGGCACCGUGGCAGGAAACUGUGUGUGAAGACUUAUUGUGUGUGUUAUAUGGGUUCGUACACGAGGCCCAAGUAUAUCUAUACUGAUAUUUUCAUUGCGUUUUUCCAAAGCUGCCUGUGAUGGACACACUCAAUCUGCAGUUUUGUAAGCCAACAGAUAUGCCUAUUAUGUAUUUUUCAGUGUUUCUGGGACAGAACCAUGCUGCAUAUAGUGAGUUGUAUCUUAGCUUGUGUACUUCUGGUAAUAUGAUACAAUACGCUGUACAGUUGAUUGAUUUCUAUGGUCCCAGUGUUUCCCCUCCUUCGGCAACAGCUCCCUCACAUUAGCCACUUACCCACUGUUGGGCCACAAGUGCCAGGAGGACAAUGUGGCACCGGCGCGUCUGACGAGGACUCCCAGCACGGUUCUGGGCGGAUCGGCAUUAGUUGGCAAGUGGCUAAUGGGUCAUUCCAGAUGAAAUUGACCAAAGCACCCACUGUCAGAAAAAUCUGAAAGAUUUCAUGAUAUAAGCUACAUCCAAGUUAUGCACUAAUUCCAAAUUCUACCCUUGAGGAUUUAUGGUUUUGAAGCUACUCACAUUUUUGGUGCAUGUAGAGAAAUUGGAAAUUUGGCCAAACAUUGAACACCUAUAAUUACCUCAUUUUUCAAGGUAGAAAGCUGAUAUAUAACUGAUUUAAUGCUAGUUAUGGGAUUUGUUGACUUUAAGAUGCUUUCAAUAGUUUGGUCAGUGCAUUAGAAGCUGUGGUAUUAGACUUCAAAUGUGACCUUUGAUUUAAAAGAAAAAAUAAAAUGUUUUAUGCCUUUGUA